GGUAGUUCACUUGUUCCCUACAGCUACAGCAACAGCAACAGCGGAGACCAAUGGCCGCCGCAUCCUCCCAAGCCAUAACCGAUUUCUUCCAACCAAACCCAGGCACACCCAAGCGUCAGAAAUUCUCCACUUCUCCCGAUCACCGGCACCAGCCACUUUCCUCUCUCACCACCCAGCAAAAAUAUCGGAUGGAAUCAAACAAAUGCCUGGCCAAAUCAAAACGCAACCUCAAAAUAUGUUCCCAAAAGGUAUCAUCCCAAUCCAAGGUCGAAGGAUCAGGAUACGUCAAACUGGAGGAACUUUUGGUGGAGGAAACGUGGCUUAAAGCCUUACCCAGAGAGCUUCAGAAGCCUCAUGCAACUAACUUGUACAAAUUUGUUGAGAAGGAGAUAUCCAAUGGUAGCGUCCCCAGAUACCCACCCCAGCAUUUGAUUUUCAAUGCCUUCAAUUCUACUCCAUUUCACAGGGUCAAAGCAGUUAUUAUCGGUCAGGACCCUUAUCAUGGACCUGGUCGAGCAAUGGGGCUUUCAUUUUCAGAGCCAGAGGGAACUAAGGCUCCCUCAAGUCUGGUGAAUAUAUUCAAGGAACUUAAGCAAGAUGUUGGGUGUUCAAUUCCAUCUCAUGGAAAUCUAGAGAAAUGGGCUGUUCAGGGUGUUCUUUUGCUCAACACUGUUCUCACAGUUAGGAAGCAACAAGCUAAUUCUCAUGCAAAGAAAGGCUGGGAGCAAUUUACUGAUGCUAUUAUUAAGAUUAUCUCACAAAAGAAGGAAGGAGUUGUCUUCCUCUGGGGGAAAUCAGCUCAAGAGAAAUCCAGGUUCAUUGAUCAGACAAAGCACCACAUUCUAAAGGCAGCACAUCCCUCUGGUUUGUCUGCAAAUAAAGGCUUCUUUGGUUGCAGAAUUGAAAACUUUUCUAAGUUUAAGAUAAAUUUUUCGAUUGAAAUUUAA